CUAAACUAUCUGGUCAACUUCGACAAUGAGGGGAAGCUUCGAUGGGCUCGGAACGGAGUUCUGGUUGACACCGCCCCAGGUCGCUGGAAAGACCAAGGUCAGGGCCGAGGCGUGAUGAAAGUAGACAAGGCAGAGGACCUUCCUCGACGGAGUAGCUUCACGUCAUCAGCGUCUUCACUCUCAGUUUCGUCAGGGUCUGUUCAGGAAAAUGAAGCAAGCCAUUACGUUGGCCAACCCCAUGGCCGAGGUCGCUUUAUGCACCUGCUAAGAAGCCGAAUGACUCCCAAAGGGAUGAUGGAUAGACUUCUGCGGAAGACGGUGCGGAAGAAUACAUGGAUCUAUGUUGCGGUGCGUUCUUAG